AUGUUGCCAGGCAUACUGUUAUGCUCACUUAAUCCCAAGAACCACAGUAAGAAGAAGAAGAGUGACCGAGAGAGCUUAGAUACUGAGCCUAAGGACAUUGACUACUGGUACUCAGUUCAGUUCAAUCGAGAUCCUCCGAGAUUUGCUCUUCGAUCGGAGAACAACAAUCGUCACUCCCACAGUAAGAGCGGCGAAUUCUCCAAGACGAAGAAGCGAGGAGAAAUGUCGAACAAGGUUUCAAACUUCUCGGAUCUGAUUCAGCGAGUGACGGCGUCUUGCUUGUUGCAUCCACUCUCCGCCGGCCGGCAAGAUCUCGCCGGAAACCGCCGGGGAGAGUACGACACUGAGGAAGAGGACGAGGAGGUGGAGGAAGGGGAAGGAGAGAUUCAGUACGAAGACGCAUUGGAGAAGGAAAACGGUAAAGACGAGACGGUUAGGGCUAAGAGCGGAAGAGGGAACGGCGUGAGUGUGGAGGCGGUGCAGGACAUGGAGACGGUGAUGGAGGAAGUGUUCACGGCGGCAUCAGCUCUGAAGAGAGCUUACGUGUUGCUUCAGGAAGCGCACUCGCCUUGGGAUCCGGAGAAGAUGCACGACGCUGACAUGGCGAUGGUGGCUGAGCUGAGAAGGAUCGGCUCGCUGAGGGAGAGGUUCAGGAGGAUGCGAGGCAGCGGAGGCGGCGGCGGCCGGAGGAAGAACGACAGCGGCAGGGGAAUGCUGAGAGAGGCGGUGGCGCCGUACGAAGCCGUCGUGAAGGAGCUUAAGAAAGAAGUGAAGGCUAAAGACACUGAGAUCGAGAAUCUGAAGGAGAAAGUCAAAAUGACAACUUCCAUGGCUAACGGUAACGGCGGCAAGAAACACCGUCUGCUCUCAAGCCGGAAAGUUAACUGCAGCACUCAAGUUGCUGUAUCUCCGGUGCCGGAGUUAUUCGAGAUGACGAUGAUUCAGGUGAAAGAAGCAUCAAAGACCUUCACAGGGGUACUACUGUCUCUAAUGCGAGCUGCGCGUUGGGACAUUGCAGCUGCUGUUCGCUCCAUCGAAGCCGCUUCAGCUGCAUCGGACGGCAUGGCAGCGUCAGCGUUAGCAUCCUCUGUUCAGUCCUCUGUCCCGAACCAGCACGCGAAGUUCGCUCUCGAGUCUUACAUCUGCCGGAAGAUCUUCCAAGGAUUCGAUCACGAGACGUUCUACAUGGACGGAAGCCUGUCUUCUCUUAUCAACCCUGAUCAGUACCGUCGUGACUGCUUCGCACAGUACAAAGACAUGAAAGCAAUGGAUCCAAUGGAGCUGCUAGGGAUCUUACCGACUUGCCAUUUUGGUAAGUUCUGUUCGAAGAAGUACCUUUCGAUCAUUCACCACAAGAUGGAAGAGUCGUUGUUCGGGGACUCGGAGCAGCGGGAGCUGGUUAUUGCUGGUAACCACCCGAGGAGUCAGUUCUAUGGAGAGUUCUUGGGGUUGGCCAAAGCGGUGUGGCUGCUUCAUCUCUUGGCCUUCUCGCUGGAUCCAUCACCGAGUCACUUUGAAGCAAACCGAGGAGCGGAGUUUCACUCUCAGUAUAUGGAGAGCGUGGUGAGGUUCUCGGACGGCCGUGUUCCGGCGGGUCAGGUAGUCGGGUUUCCUGUUUGUCCAGGGUUCAAGCUUAGCCAUGAAGGGAAAGGAUCAAUCAUCAAAUCUAGAGUCUACUUGGUUCCAAGGGCUUAA